AUGGGCAAAGAGGACUUACCCCUGAGCUCAGCCGACUUUAGCAAGAAUCUUGUCUCGAAGCUCGACUCCAUCGCCGGUCCUUCGGAGCCAGAAGUCUACGGCAUAUUCGAACCCUCGACAGGGAGAUGGCAAUACAUCGUUGCAUGCACCGUGACAAAGAAGGCACUCAUUAUCGACCCGGUCCUCGACAAGACUAAGCUUGGCGACGGGUUGGGCACUCUGGGUGCUGACAACGUCAUGGCCGUCGUGCUGCAGAACGGCUACCUAGUCGAGCGCAUCGUCGAGACUCACAUCCAUCCUGAUCAACCAUCAGCAGCAUGGUACCUCCGCACACAGCUUCGGGAUGCUGGUCAAGACCCCCGAAUCAGCAUCGGCAAGAGUGCUGCAAGCAUACGUCGACUCAUGGAGCGCAAGUAUAUUAUGCGAGAGCCUGGCUUCACUGGAGCCUUCGACGGCGAGUACAAUGACGGAGACUGUUUGUGGGUUGGAGACCUGCGUGUGCUCUGUCUGAAAUUGCCCGGUCACUCGGUGGAGCAGGUCCGCUUUCUCAUUGGCGGGAACGUCUUCGCUGGCGGCGCCAUACCAAAUAUUGACUAUUCAGGACCUCCUUCCGCUCGCCAUCUUCCCUCGGCUGACAGCGCCGCUUCAUCAGCUUGUCGGCUACUCACGAUGCCGCGGGACUAUUGA